AGUCAGAGCAUGUAACCACUGAGCCACCUCUCCAGCCCCACAUUGCUCAUUUCCCAUUGCUCUGUUCUAAAAAUGCUUCCGCUUAUUACAAAGAAAUGAAAAGAGACAGGAGCAUCCCUUCACAGCAGUACCUGCUACCUGGGAUAAUGUUGAUUUUUGUCUUACCACUGGUCCAGGGUGUGUCUGUGAGUGCUAAGAUAAUGUCUUCGUGAAUUUGUUCACGCAGGCUUUCAAACGGUCCUUGACGCAAGUGAUGUCUCCUUUCCAUACACACGACUAUUAAACUCCAUAGAACCUCGUUUCUUAAAGUGUGACCCGCAGGUCGGCAUCACCAGCAUCUUGGGACUGACGCCGGGACCCCAACCCCAGAACUGCUGGUUUCUAAGUCAAGUUUCAGAAGUGUUGCCGCAGGGAAUACAGGACUCAGAAAGAGUCCUGGAGCCUUUUGGGGGACAUGAGAAGACUCAGCAGAAAACUCAACAGCUCCACGUGUCCCAAAGCAGAAUGUCCAGGGAGAGAGUUCAGAAGCAGUGUGAGAGCUCAGGUUGGGCGGAACGGAUCUGCUGCAUUAUGGCAAGGCUGGAGAGCGUGAUUAAAUUUAAGAUCUGAUCCGGUUCCAGGAUGAGAGACACAGGCUAGUCCUUUUCCGGCAGGCAACCUUCAGGAUCUUAACCCUAGACUCCGCGGAUGAGGUACAGGAAACAAUAAAUUAAUAAGUGUCACUUGGGUACUUAAAUGAAUUGGGUUUGGGCCAGUGCCUGAAGGAAGCUUUUGCAAGAAUGCCCUAAAUGAUUUCCACUCGCGAACGGCUCCGAGAGUGCCUAAUAAGUGCAGCUGGGCGAUCUAAGUAGCAGCAGCUCCUAUCCAGUUAAGCGAACGUCCCCAAGGGAACAAUAAUUUGCAGACCGGCCAACUGCAAUCUAAGAGAGGGAGUCGCUUGCUGUUGUAAGUCUCCUCCGCCAGCCCUAACCUGCUUACCCCGCAUUCCUCCUGUUCAUCCCGAAAACCCGGCCGUUUACAAUUCUUUAGGGGAAAGCAUAAGAAGCCGAGCCCCAGGGUCAAGGGCGCCUCGGGGAAGCCACAGGAUCAAAGUAGGUCGCCAGACUCUCCGGCCGUUCGAGUGGGUCUUCGCAUGACUGUUGCAGGCGGGCGUCCACGGUGGCGGGCUCCCGCCCCUCACGCAGCUGCGACCUGCGGGGGCGCGCGCAGCCUCGUGGGGUUCCCGCGGAUGCGCGCCCGGCGGGGAGCGCGGAGGGCGGAGAGCCGGGCGCGAGCACCGCAGCUCACCUGCCGCGGGCGCCACCACGGACGUGCCACGCGGGUGGCCCGAGCUAUUCGGCAGCACUGAAGGAGCCACCCCUCGGCCAGGGCGUGCCAAGAGGACAGGGGUUAAAAUGAACGAAGACCCGAAGGUCAAUUUAAGCGGGCUGCCUCGGGACUGUAUAGAUGCCGGUGCUCCAGAGAACAUCUCAGCCGCUGUCCCCUCCCAGGGCUCUGUUGCGGAGUCAGAACCCGAGCUCGUUGUCAACCCCUGGGACAUUGUCUUGUGCAGCUCAGGAACCCUCAUCUGCUGUGAAAAUGCCGUUGUGGUCCUUAUCAUCUUCCACAGCCCCAGCCUGCGAGCCCCCAUGUUCCUACUGAUAGGCAGCCUGGCUCUUGCAGACCUGCUGGCUGGCCUGGGACUCAUCAUCAAUUUUGUUUUUGCGUACCUGCUUCAGUCAGAAGCCACCAAGCUGGUCACCAUCGGACUCAUUGUCGCCUCUUUCUCUGCCUCUGUCUGCAGUUUGCUGGCUAUUACUGUGGACCGCUACCUCUCGCUAUAUUACGCCCUGACGUACCACUCCGAGAGGACCGUCACCUUUACCUAUGUCAUGCUAGUGAUGCUCUGGGGAACCUCCAUCUGCCUGGGGCUGCUGCCCGUCAUGGGCUGGAACUGCUUGAGGGACGAGUCCACCUGCAGCGUGGUCAGACCUCUCACUAAGAACAACGCUGCCAUCCUCUCCAUCUCCUUCCUCUUCAUGUUUGCUCUGAUGCUUCAGCUCUACAUCCAGAUUUGUAAGAUUGUGAUGAGGCACGCCCAUCAGAUAGCCCUGCAGCACCACUUCCUGGCUACAUCGCACUAUGUGACUACCCGGAAAGGGGUCUCGACCCUGGCUCUCAUCCUAGGGACCUUUGCUGCCUGCUGGAUGCCUUUCACCCUCUAUUCCUUGAUCGCCGAUUACACCUACCCUUCGAUCUAUACCUAUGCCACCCUCCUGCCCGCCACCUACAAUUCCAUCAUCAACCCUGUCAUUUACGCUUUCAGAAACCAAGAGAUCCAGAAAGCCCUCUGCCUCAUUUGCUGUGGGUGCAUCCCUUCCUCGCUGUCUCAGAGAGCUCGGUCUCCCAGCGAUGUGUAGCAGCCUUCUCCUCAUAGGACGCUGCCUCUACCAAGCGCUCCCACCUCCCAGGGCGGCCAGUGAUUUCCUUCCUUAAAUUCUUUGCACUGGAUCUCACAAGCAGAAGCAAUGACAUCUUUUAGACACGUAUUGACAGUGGAAAUCAUCUUACCAGUGUUUUUUAAAAAAAAAACAAAACAAAACUCGACUUCUCGGCUCAGCAUUCUGUUGUUUGGUUUGGGAGUUAGGAUUUGUUUGUUUGUUUGCUUGUUUGUUUGUUUGGAGGGUGUAAUGGGACCUCAUGUGGCCAUGAAAUUAUACAAAAGUCUCGGGAUUUUUUAACCUAGGCUUGAAAAUAAAUCAAAGUUUUAAAGGAAACUGGAGAAGGAAAUACUUUUUCUGAAGGAAAUACUUUUUUUUUUUUAAUCAAGGUAGAUCUUCCAUUCUGUAUGUAUCUAACAGGAUAGGAGCUUUGCCAUAUAACCAAAAUAGUUUAUAUAAUUACAUUUGGAAGGGCUUGUGUUUAUUUCUAGGAAUUCAGUAAUAAGUGACCAGUAACAGAGGCGCGAACUCCUUUCUUUCCUUUCAGCAGUAGUGACUGCUCUUAAGAAUCACUUUGCAGUUUCUCUGUGUUACAGUUUGGUAUGCAUGGUUACCUGUGGUAGUCAGAUCACUAAUUGCAAUAUUGCCAUGUUAAACCCAGAAUUAAAAGAGUCAUUUUUUCUUCAAUACAGUUUUUGAAAUAUCCUUUCCAAAGUGAGUCAUGAAAAAAAUGUUUCCAAUUACAUAUGAGAUAGCACUGGUUAGAUUUGUCAUUGUGAUUUUUAAAACUCUAGACUGGUGGUUUUCAGAAAACAAAAGAGAAAAUAUUAACAGCAUCUAUUGAAAGAAGAUUUUAUUUAUUUUUAAUAUAUUCUGAGAGAAUAAAUGGUGUGAUACUAUUAAGAAAUAUACAAACAUGACUUUUCAAAUCUCUA